AUGACUGAGGACAACUAUCCACCUGUGCUAAAGAAGGAAUGUCGCGAACAGACAUUGGAACGUGUUGUGGUCUUCAACGACAGAGCAGAACUGAAGCGUUCCGUGCAAUGUGAGUUGAAGCCUGGAUUGAACGAGGUGCACAUCGAGAACGUCACUCGUCACAUAAUUUACGACUCAGUUCGUGUGGAUGGCCGCGGCGAUGGUGUCAUCCAUGAUGUUCAACUUCGAGAAAAGCCUACGGUUCAUGAAGAGACAGAUUCUCCGCAGGUUGCCGAAGUACGUGCUAGGGUUGAAGAGAAAACCCAGGAGGUGAACUCACUUAAAGAUCGAGAAAAUGUGCUGCAAAAAAGAAUCGAAGCUCUGGACAAUGUUGUCGGCCAGGUUGGGGAAAACGUUGUGAAACAUCCGAAAGAGACAAAGGAGCCGUUUACUUUGAAUGACGAAACGUUGGAGAAUCUCACCAAGUUCUACUCUUUUUAUGAUGAAAGCUCAAUGGCCGUUCGUUCCGAGCAACGUAAGGUGAGGAAGAGCCUUGAGAAAGCAGAGAGGGAGCUUUCUGCUCUGCAAGCGGAGCUGAGAAGAGCAGAGUCAGACAACAGUUUGCAUCAAUACAGCAAGUCAAUCGUUAUUUCUCUUGAAAGCGAGAAAGGUGGACUUGUAAAUCUGGAAGUCAGUUACCAAGUACAUGGGGCUAGUUGGCAACCAUCUUACGACAUGCGUGUUGAAACAAGUGGAAAACAGUCUUUAAAGAUUACUUACUACGGCAACAUCUCACAAUCCACGUUAGAAGAUUGGUCAAAUGCUUCAUUGGUGCUAUCCACUGCUCAACCGUGUUUGGGAGGACACUUGCCGGAGCUCGGUGUCCUUGAAGCAGUUUUUUAUCGUCCUCCUCCUCCUGUAGAGCCUAGGCGAAUGAUGGCGAAGAAUGGAUUAGGAGGAGUUUCUGCACGCACAGCUUCGCUAUUCGGGAGUACCGCAGCUGAAAGUGUAUUUCUGUGUGAUACAGAACAAGAAAUGGCUGCUCCAAUGGCGUAUGGGAUGGCUGCGGUAGCUCCAGUUGAACAGCACGCUUUAAGCACCGAGUUCACGAUCGCGAAGCCAGCUGCUAUCCCCUCGGACGGAGCAGAACAUAAGGUCACCAUCGGUAUUGUGGAUGUUACUCCCCAGCUGGUCCAUGAAUGUGUCCCAUCAAAGAACACCAGCGCGUUCCUAACUGCUUCUGCGGUCAACAGUUCUCAGCUUCCUUUCCUACCUGGGGAUGCUUCGGUGUAUCUGAACAACAGUUUUGUUGCCAAGACAUGUAUGAAGAACGUCUCGCCUGGUGAAAGAUUUUCCUGCUCACUAGGAGUUGACGCAGCUCUACGCGUGGAAUACAAACCAGUAAAGAAAUACCAUGAACAGGUUGGAAUCAUCAACAAAGUUUCAUCGACUGUUCACGAGCAGGUCAUUGUAGUGAAGAAUUCACGUACUGACCCAGUACUUCUGACUAUCAAGGAGUACGUACCACGCAGCACUGACGAUAAAAUCAAGGUGAGGCUCAUAGCACCUGUUGUUUCAGCAUCAGAUGAAGCGAACGUCAACAGCUCAGGUGACCUCACGGCAGCCGCAGAACUUCCCAAAGAGGGACCGAAAAUGAAAGGUAGCAACUUGGAGUGGACAGUAUCGAUACCAGGUGGAAAGGCGAGCGAACUCCACGUGAAAUGGGCAGUGGAACAUCCGAAAGACGAGACAGUCCAGAUGCUUGGGCAUGUUUCCUUACCUGUGCGGCCAUCAGGGUCUUACGCAUUAAUCAGAAGUGUCUCCACCUCCGCACCAUUGAGUAAAAACCAAGCUGGAAAAUAUAGGUCGACGGUGAACCGGACGCGGUUGUUAACAUACGAGAUGGCUCAGAAACCGCAUCAUAUCGGAGUAAGGAAGUCAUGGUUAAGCUGGCAUUCUCAAAAUUUAGAAGGUUUUAAGCAGUCACAACCUUUGAUGGUAGUUCAGGAUGAGGUUAUUCGUCGAUUCAUUCGCGGCUUUUUCCCACAAAAUGUGGUCAUUAGUGGUGAAGAGAUUGUGAUCAAACGUAGAGGAAAUAUUGUCACUGUUGCUGGCUUCCUCCAAUACUCUAGACGCUUAGAUAUCCGUCGAAUAUACUGGAUGUUUGGUUUCGCGGAAGAAUUCCUAUCGAUUCUUCUUAAACAACCUGUUAAAUUAGAGCUUGCAUUCGUUGAAAGCGAAGCCGACAUAGCUUAUAAUUAUAUUUGA